CUUGUUCUAUGUUGAUCUAUGAAAUGAAUUAGAUGAAGAGUUUAGAGUUUAUCAUGUGUCAAAUAAACUGUUAUUGAACAAUCUAUUCCCUACAGUAAGAGAGUCACAACAGUUAUGCUUUUCCUUUAGAGAUUUGCCAUCAAUGGAUCCCUCUGAUCUUUAGUCGCAUUUGCUCGUAUGGUAAAACUUGGAAAAUGUAUUAUUCCAUGAUUUUCAAAUAGCUUCGGCAAGAAGCAUGUCAUUACCAUUUACUCCAUGCAACAAGUUUUUGCUGUCGCUGUGGUGCUAAUCGUGAAGUCUGCUUCAUUUGACAGAAAACAUUUGCUCUAUAUACUGAGAGAACUGCUUUUGAGAGGCCACUAACUAGGGGUAUCGCUUACGCUUUAAGAGUUCCUCAUUCAGAGAGAGCGAAAUUUGAAAAGCAGAAUGGAUGGACAAUUAAGAAAAUGGAAACUGAAGACCAGAGUAAAGUUCAAGAGUGCAUUCCAGAGAAGUUAGAUCCUGCACCCGUUCAAGAUGAAUAUGCACCUGUUAUAUUUUCCCAAGAAACUGUGUCCCAUGUUGUCUCCAUUGACAUGAUGUCCGGAAAGGAAGACCGUGAGAAUGUCUUGCGAGCGAGGGCUUCCGGAAAGGGUGUUCUGACAUCUCCCAUUAUGCUUUUGAAGUCCAAUCAUCUGGGUGUUAUACUCACUUUUGCAGUCUAUAAUACUGUUCUUCCUGCAUAUUCUACACCACAACAACGUGUUGAAGCUACUGCUGGUUAUCUAGGCGCAUCAUAUGAUGUGCCAUCUCUGAUAGAGCAGCUUCUGCAACAACUUGCCAGCAAGCAAACAAUUUCUGUGCAUGUCUAUGAUACAACUAAUGCAUCAGUUCCAAUUAAAAUGUACGGUGAUGAAAUUACUGAUACCACCGGUAUAUUGCAUACCAGUAACCUUGAUUUUGGAGAUUCAUCGCGAAAGCAUGAGAUGCAUUGCAGGUUCAAGCAAAAGGCUCCCUUACCUUGGAUAGCAAUAAGCUCAUCAUCGGGGCUUCUAGCAAUUAUUCUGCUGGUAGCCGAAAUAUUCUUUGCGGCCAUAAAUCGAAUUGCACAAAUGGAGGAGAACUGUAGGAAGAUGAUGGAGCUCAAAGUUCGUGCGGAAUCAGCGGAUGUUGCAAAAUCUCAGUUUCUUGCAACUGUAUCCCAUGAGAUCCGGACCCCAAUGAAUGGCGUUUUAGGCAUGUUGCAAUUGCUGAUGGAUAGUGAGCUUGGACCGGUUGAAUUGGGGUAUGCCCAGGAUGCUCAUAGUUGCGGGAAAUCUCUGAUCUCACUGAUAAAUGGGAUUCUAGAUCAGUCUAAGAUAGAAGCUGGCAGGCUAGAACUUGAAGCUGUACCUUUUGAUGUGCAGUAUAUUCUUGAUAAUGUUCUGUCAAUUUGCUCGAAUGAAUCAAAUAAAAAAGAUGUUGAGUUGGUCGCUUACGUCUCUGAUCAGGUCCCUGAAAUUGUUGUUGGCGACCCUGGACGUUUUCAGCAGAUAAUUACAAAUCUUGUUGGAAAUUCACUUAAGUUCUCUCUUAGCAGAGGACACAUAUUUGUCUCUGUGCAUCUAGCUGAUGAAGUGGGUGACCCAGUUAGAGAUCCAGUGCUGAGACAAGUCGUGAGUUUAGUUGAAGAUACGACAAAUAAAAAAUAUAAUACAUUGAGUGGACUUCCAGUAGUUGACAGGUGGAAAAGCUGGGAGAACUUUAAGAAGUUAAACAGCGCAGCAGAGGAACCUGAAGUUAUUAGAUUGUUGGUAACAGUCGAGGAUACAGGUGUGGGAAUUCCUCUAGAAUCUCAGAAUCGCAUCUUUACUCCUUUUAUGCAGGCAGACAGUUCCACUUCACGAACAUAUGGAGGGACUGGAAUAGGAUUGAGCAUUAGUAAAUGCCUGGUGGAUCUCAUGCAUGGUGAGAUUGGUUUUGUAAGUACACCUGGCGUGGGGAGUACCUUUUCAUUUACUGGAGCGUUAAGAAAAAGAGAAUCGAGAUCUAUAGAAAUAAAGUAUGAUCCAGUUUUUGAUGAACUCCGGGGACGGAGGGCACUGGUAGUUGAUGAUAGAAGUAUUAGAGCUGAGGUCACUAGAUAUCAUCUUCAAGAGUUGGAUGUAUCAGUCGACAUAGCUUCCAGUCUAAAGUCAGCAUGCAAGCACUUAUCCAGUACUUCCACUUCCAGUGCCUCAACCAAUUUGGCCAUGGUUUUUAUCGACAAAGAUGCUUGGGACAAAAAUACAGGUAUUCUGUUCCAAUGUUUGCUGAAAGGGGCCGGACAAAGUGGUGGCUCAGAAGGCCUCAGAAACCUUCCUAAGAUUUUUCUAAUGACAACCUCCAAGAGCACUAGUGAAAGCGUUGAGCUCAAGUCAGCUGGAUUGGUAGAUCAUGUGCUGAGAAAGCCUCUUCUUCGAAGUGUCUUAGUCGCUUGUAUCAAAGAAGCUUUUGGAAGUCGUUAUAUCAUGAGUCAAGAAAAAGAAAAGAAUGAACUUUCAAGUUGUCCGAGUCUACUAAGAGAGAAGCGAGUGCUGGUGGUGGAUGACAAUGUGGUAAACAGAAAAGUGGCACAAGGUGCUCUAAAGAAAUAUGGAGCAAAUGCUACCUGUGUGGAGAGUGGCAAGGCUGCUGUAACGAUGCUUACACCACCACACAACUUUGAUGCUUGCUUUAUGGAUCUCCAAAUGCCAGAAAUUAAUGGCUUCGAAGCUACCCGCCUAAUCCGCUGCAUGGAAAGUGAAGUGAAUGAGAAAAUUGCAUCCGGGGAAGCAUCACCGGAGAUGUUUGGAAAUGUGACUCAUUGGCACACACCAAUAUUAGCAAUGACGGCUGAUUUGAUUCAGGCUUCAAACGAAGUAUGCAAGAAGCAUGGGAUGGAUGAUUAUGUGUCGAAGCCAUUUGAAUACGAGCAGAUGUAUAGAGUAUUGGCACGGUUUUUCCAUGUAUAGUCGAUAGUGGAAUUACUUGUAAUUCCUCCCCUGUCAUUCCAGCCAGAUGAUUGAUCACUGCUAUAUUUGGAUUGACCCCUGACUACACCUAUGUUAGACAUUUGUUGAUGUCAAAUGAGCCAUUGCACGGGAACUGGAAAACAUGUAAAAUUUAAUGUUAAAUGAGCCUUUGCAAACGGUACUUCAGGCCCAUGUAAAGUAAGUUCCAGGUCGGUUUAUUCAAUGAAUAUGAAUAACAAUGUCUCAAUAGUUUAUUCAUAACAUAUAUAUUUUAUAUUUA